GCCCAGGCACGUGGUCUGUGCUUUCUCGGCGAUUAUUUUGGUGUUGUUGUCUUAACUCCUUCCUUCUACUUUCCCCCCGUUUUUCAUCCCAUUAUCACCUCAUUCUUAUCGUCUCCGCCAUCCAUGUCCACCGACGCGACCUGAGAUGGCUCCCCUCUUCGCUAAGCGAUUGAAAUGCUUCUAUUGCGGGCGCCGCUCAGCCCUGUCUGGCGGCGAUACUGCCCGCAAAUGGUGUUGCAAACAUUGCGAAGCCGUCAAUUAUCUGGAUGAGAAAGGAGAAAUCACAGACCCUCCUGCUGCGGAAACGAAUCCAGAUGUCUACGGUCCAGGCGGAUCCAGCCCGCCCUUCGAGUCCGCCGACUUUACGGCCUCCAGCUUGUUCUGCGCCCAGUGUCUCCGCAACCAACACCUCUUCACCAGCGCGUUAGCGUCUUAUUUCCCGUCAUCCGAUGAUCCCAAUUACAGUGCAUAUGAGAAGGAGUACCCCAAGUUUCGCAAGAACAUGGAGGAGCGGUACCCGCAGGUGUGCGUCAAGUGCGAACCCAGAGUGAAGCAGCGCAUUCGUCAGGCAGGAUAUGAGGCCAAGUCGGAUCACUUAAGGCGCAUGAUGGAUCGGAGUAAAGCUGGGAGGGCAGCACGGCAAGCUCGCCGAUGGAACUGGAGGAAUCUGCUGGCCUUGGCCGGUGGCCUGGGUUACUGGAUCAGUGUCGCUGGCCAACUUGGCUGGAACGCGUGGAGUGCGUUGACUGUGGAAGAAGACGAACCGCUACAAGAUCCGGAUGCUCCCUCGAUGUCGCCUUCUGUCAUGUCUUGUUUGCGCCAAGUGUCUGAGAUUCGCCGUGUGCCGAGUUCCUGUUCAAUCGAUCUGGCACCGUACGCCGGCCUUGCUCUGAUCGCGGGUAUCCUGUCUAUCUGGUGGAACCCGAAAUUGCGCCUGAAGGUGGAAGGACGAGGCGGUCGCUUCGUCGGACUCGGCGAAUACUACCAGGUGCAGCUCAUUGUCAUGGUCGUACGAUGCGCUUUCUGGGGCGUCCUGAGGGACCCGACGUCAAGUGGACUACCACUAGACCUGCCACCCACCUUGCAUCUUUUCAUGAUCUUCUUUACUGUAUUGUCUGUUGUGGUCUCUCGGCGCAUAGUGCGCUACGAUACCCGCCCAUUGGUAGUAUGGACCGAUGACACCCCCGCGCCCACACCAAACCGCAGAACCGAAGCGUCUCCUCCACCCAGUACAAGUAGCAGGCAGGCAGGAUUUUCAACUCCAAGUUCCGAUCUCCGGCAGCGCCCCUCUCGCUUUCCGCUGGAGAAGUUGGGCACGCCAAGGGCGACCACCCCGCGGGCGGCCCUGGAGGAACCACACGUUCUCACGCCACCUCCUGAAUCAGACGACAUGGACUGGACGCCUUCUGUGCAGCAUCAAAUUGCGCCCACUGUCAGCGUUCAUCAGAGGGACCAAAAGUCCGUGCUCGAUGGGCCGAUGCCUUUCUACGGAUCCGUGCCUGCUGCGCCGCAGCCACCCGCGUGGAACUUGCGCAACCAGCCCGCUCAACGCCCGAAACCCAUCGAACAAGUUGUGGAGCGUAAUCCAUUCCACCGUACACCUACACAGUCCAGCCCGUGGCAACGAGGCCAGAGUAACUCAGAUACCGUGUUUGCGCCGCCCAAGUUCUUCCCUCUGAGUGACCACGCUGCCACGACCGGUCUUGAGAGCCUUUUCGAUCGAACCUUCACUAUCAAGUCGCCUGAGGAUGAAGAAGACAGCACCUGGCAGGCACGCCAUCAGACAUCGAACUCUCGAUCUCGCAAUACUACCGACUUGCACAGCUAUUUUGUGUUCCAGUAUCUCCGGCUGGGUCUGCUUCUUGUCUCCCUCGCUGCUUGGUUUCUCUCCCAGUAUGAAAACUUUUCGAUCCCUGGAAACUACGUCGAGGUUGCCUCCUUGGGUAGCGCUAGUCUGAUUGCUGGCUUCGCUCUUUUGGAGGCUCUGAAGCAGCCUAUUGUGCAGUGGAACGGCAUGGAAAUCCUUGUCUACUUCGCAGAACUUGUGGCAGCCGUUCAUAUCGGGGGGAAUCUUCCGCGCGUCUCUUUUGAACGUCAAUAUUUCGACAGAUACGGUCAAUUGCUUUUGGUCUUUAUGGCGGCCCAGGAGGCGUUGGGUCUACUAUCUCUGUAUAACAUAGCUAGAGCUAGCAGCGCUGGCCAGCCACAACAGUCGGAGCAUAGUGAGUCAUCACAUGGCCAUGCCGCCGAGACCGCUCCUCCGACGGCGACCAACCGCCAGUCUCAGCUCCAAUCGUUCAAUUCUCAGGGCUCCGCGCCGCCUCUCUCCUUCUCCUCUACCGUCCCGAGUUCCAGCUUCUCAACGCAGUCACCCGAGCCAUACUAUUCACUCGCACCCUCUCCAUACGACGGGGCCUUUAACAAGGAUCACAGCUUCAGUCUCAAGUCUUUGAAAGGACACGAAUCCGACGCCUCGGAUUUCUAUGAUUGCGACUCGGACGCCGAGACCACCGUCACCACCGCGACCACCGCUACGAACAACACAAUCCGAAACAUCCGCUAUGGACGGGCCGCUAGCGAGGCAUUAUUCUCGCCCAAACGGUCCGAGCUAGGUCCGGGGAUCGGGGGAUUAAGUCUUGACGACGGGCCCUCCUCCCGCCGAGUCACCCGCAGCCAGACGAAACUCCAGCGAGGGGACGGCUUGCGUCGGUUCCCGGCCCGGGGCCUGAAAUAGCGGGCCUCUGCCUUGUUUUAUUCUGUCAUACUACUAUCUUCGCAUUUCGAGUGCACGUUUGAGCGCUUGCACUAGAGGAGUUGGGGUAGCCAUUGCUUGUAUCAGAUUGUUCAUACGCGGAUCGCAUCGUUGGUGGGAUCGUAUACCUUGGUCUAGGGAUCUUUCUGUCUUUUCGGGUGUUUGGACUUUGUACAUAGGAGGUGGAAUUUACGAAUCAUGACCCCUACUUACCUCAACGAUACGGGGUAUCAUUACCAACCACACUCUUUCCCUUCUCACACACACACACACAUAUAAACGACUUAGUCCAGGGCCAAACAUGGCACUUCAAACUCAUGAAUC